GUGAAAAAAAAGCCCCCAGUGUCAACACCCGCAAUCGUGGCCGUGGAAAUCUCUGGGCACCGACGUCGCCGUGGUGUGACACGAGAUGCACCACCCUUGCACGCCCACGUGUGCCACCGGCCCCUUGCAAGGCGAGGGGGGCCUGGGGGCCUCCACGCGGGAUGGGGAGCGAGGCCUGGCGGAGAUCGCCCCCGAAACAGCCGCCAGUGGCCUUGGCCAAGUGGGGCCACAUUUCUCAAGGUGUUUCGGCUCCUAGAGACGCGCACAAGUGUCCCGACUCCUGUCGAAAUCAGUGGCUGUUAGGGCAUCGCCGCGCUUUUGGAGAGCCCUCCGCGCACCCGUCCACGUCUUUGGGAGCCUCAUUUCGGGCCUGAACGUCUCUGCGUCGCUGUUUGUAAAAUGGGGCAAAAGAUACCAUGCUGCUGGGGGAUGAUUGAAGGAAAAGGCUGCUAUACUCUCCCAACUGAGACCAAAUAUAAGGGCACAAUGAAAGAUGGAAUGUUUCAUGGCAAAGGAAUCUUGUAUUUUCCUAAUGGAAGCAAAUAUGAAGGAAUCUGGGACUGUGGAAUAUUGAAAGAGGGGAAAUAUACCUUUGCAGAUGGUCUUGAAUUCAAAGAUAAAAAGUGGCAUUAUUGUGAUGGCUACGACAGAAGAUUUUAUACAGAAAUCUGUUCUGGGCUAAAACCAGCAGGUAUAUCUCAGCUUACAAACUUAGAUCCUCCCCGAAGAAUUCCAGAAAGCUGUUAUGACUGUGGUGAUGGAUUCUAUAAUCCCAAAACCAGAGUUGUUGUUGAUUACAAACUCAGGUUUUUGAGGAAUGCAGGGGUUACUACUGAAGAGGUUGCAGCUGCACUGAUUCAAAUAGCCCUAAAACUACAGUAAUUAUCAACCAGUCUUCUUUAGCAUGGCAAAAAUGAUGAUGAACACGAAUGGAUCAUUCGCACCUGCCGGAAAGGCUGGGAUGAAAUAACUGGCUAUAAAUCUAAAGAGUGAACACAGCUUUAGCUUCUCCCCUGAUUUUGGAAAACACAUCAUUUGAUUCAUCCUUAAAUUUGAAUGUCUUUGUGGAUUUAGCUCAGCCCCUACCAUUAUGUGAAUGUAGUUUUUGUAGCCUUUGUUAGCAUAAUAAAAUUGGAACCAUCAUUUAAUCAACAACGUUCACAUGGAAAUAAGCUUACUAUACUUACCCUAAUAUUCCCGAGAGGUGUGCCAUGUGGUAGGAUCAAUAUAUACAUAUUAUUAAGCCUCAACGUGCAAAACCAUUUACUAAAGAGACUGCCUCAAAUUCAGUGCUGAAGGCAUUCAGCUCCAUCUUAGCAUUAUUUCCCCAGGUCCUAGUUAGCUGUCUUGGUGUGUUUUCUUUACCCUUCUUUUGCUCAGUACUUUGAUAUUGAUUGAUCGUUGUAAUAACGUACACUAUAGUUAUUCUUUAAUGACUGGUUUGCCAACUAGGAAAUUAUAUCCAUUUACCAGGAACAUUUGUUGAACUCUCUUUUCACAAAAUAAUAAAAGAAAAACUGGGUGGGUUGCUGUUUGAUUAGUAAGCCAGGAAAUAUUUUAAAAUCAAAUAAAAUGGAAUUACAUCAUUUUCUUGAUGUAAGUGCCAGCACUUCUACUUGCAUUAACUUUAUUUAUUACACAAAUCAGACAUUUACAAAGCACAACAUUAAAAGUAUGUAACAAAACAGACAUUGGUUUUACAAAAAAGUGCUUACAAUUUAGUUUUUGUUUUUUCAAUAAAUAUUAGUCUUGACCGUCCACUCAUUCAAAAGGAUUUUUUAACCAUUGUAGCCAAGACCUGCGUAACUGCAACAUGCUACAACAAAAUGAUCUGCUUUCGAAAUAAAACUCUGAAAAGUGUUUAUAGUUGGCCUCUUAUUACAAGGUCUGAAUAGAUCAGUGACAGCAAUAGUGCAGGAUUUAGGGCAUCGGGGUUAACCACCAUGAGCAAAAAAAAUUUUUUUGGAAUAACAUUUUAAACUACUCCAUUUUCAGUCCCUCUCCCCAUCCGAUUUAUUUAUCAUAUUAAAUUCUAGUGGAAAGUUCAUCUUUCACUGGCUAUCCUCAUUGGGUUUAAUCGAGAACAUUUUUUGUACAUAGCCACUAGAAAAUUAUAGUACACCGAGUCUGCAGCACUGCACCAUAACCAUUUGGCAAUUAUUGAAUAAACUAAAUAAAUGAGAAGGAUUUUUAAAAAAAAAUCUACAGAAAGGAGAUGAAUGCGAAUGACCUGAGAUAAGGUUUUGUUCAAUGGCAAUAGUCAAUGUGAAAUGCAUUGUGAAACAAAGUAUUGAAUAAAUUAGAGGAUUUCUUACAUUCUUGGUACAGUUGAGUAUUUUCCAUACACAAUAAUUAGCUCCAAAACUGCACAAGCUGAAUUGCUUCCAGUUCUUCCAAACAAUUUGGGCUUAAUGCAUCAGAGUCUGAUCUCUGAGUUAGCAAAGCUGCUUGUGGCUACUUACUGAGGACAUCUUCCUUGAGCGUGGGUUAUACAGUCCAAUACUCUUUACACAGCUAGUGGUGACUCCAUUUACAUGAUAUAUAUUUGGUCAGAAAUGUCUACACGUGAGCCCUGUGCUUUGCAUUCUGAUCCUGUCAAUGGUAACAGUUAAAAACUUUGAUUUACAGUACAUAUUACAAGUCAAAUUGGAUCAGUAACAAAGUAGUUGUGUAGCAGAUAUAUUCUGCCAUCUCCCUCCAUAAUGCUGCCGAGACAAAGGGGAAAGGCAUCCAACCUCUGUCUCCCUCAAUAAAACAGGGUUGUAGAAAUCACAGUUACCAUGGCAUGAGGGUCAAACUACAGUCUGGAGUCUCAUCCUCACAGUCAAACUGAACAGCUACCCAUCACUGUAUUACACUAGUGCCACAACAAAAACAGUCAUUAGAAUGCGCAAGCAAAGAGGGGGGGAAGAAAGUGUCGCCAUCAGUGCCAUGUCAUGUGGACACAGACCCACUCACUGCACCCUCGCUGUGACACACCAGCAACCCGAAUGCUCAGCUACAGUGAACAAAAAGCCAUUGCCCGGUUCUCUCGCUUGUUGUUACGCACAAAAAGAAAAAAAAAUCUGGCCGAUUGACUGAAAACAGAUGCACGUUUUUCCCAUGCACCUCCACAGAGAGGCAAUAAUACUGAGUUCUGGAACACAGGGAACCAAUCAGAUUGCAGAUGCAAAUGGGUAGACACCAGUCUCAUGACUGGUUGAAUUGAAUGGAAACUAUUAUUAAUCCGUCAGGAGGUGAAUAAUCGUAUUUUAUGGACUUCUAACUUCUGCCCUUUCCAGUGUUAAAGUGUGGCUAACACUGCUAGCUCUGGGGUACAGUCAGCUUAGCUGAGUUAUUGUAACAACGAACGGAUGCAACGCGGCGCGCUGGCUCCUUAUUUCGGCACAUCUCGCGGGGUGUGUUUGCUCAACAGAAAGCCACAUCUGCUCAUUCUGCGCUGUCCUUCAGUGAACACCUGCUCAUGGUGAACUAGACCUCCAGGCCCAGGAGGCUUGAUUCAUGGGUGGCGAGUAAUGUAGACAAGGGAAGGCACAGCCUUCCCAAAACUGCCUGCAUACCCCGCAGCCGGGGAAGGCUGGGGAAGCUCCAACCCUCCAGGUCGCCUGGAAGAAUCAGGCUGGGGUUGGAUGGGGCUUGGCUCCCGGGUGGGAAGGGGCAGGCCCUUGGAGUGGAAGAGGCGGGGAUGGGACUUGCCUUCCUCAGCUGGGCCUUCACCCGCGCCGCCC